AUGAAGCCAGCAGGACAUCAAAGUCCAGCCUGCUGAGAACCAACAGUAACAGAUGAUCAACGAGCUAGCAGCAAUGCAGCCUGGAGCGUCAAGGAAUGGAGUCAGAGCUGAGACAACAGCACACCCAGCCCUGGGCUCUGGAGUCAGCCUGCACACCUAUGACAUCGUGGUGGUGGUCAUCUACUUCGUCUUUGUCCUUGCUGUGGGAAUUUGGUCAUCCAUCCGUGCAAGUCGAGGGACCAUUGGUGGCUAUUUCCUGGCUGGGAGAUCCAUGACCUGGUGGCCAAUUGGAGCAUCUCUAAUGUCCAGCAAUGUGGGCAGUGGCUUGUUCAUUGGCCUGGCUGGAACAGGGGCUGCCGGAGGCCUUGCAGUCGGUGGCUUCGAGUGGAAUGCAACCUUCCUGCUUCUGGCCCUAGGCUGGAUCUUUGUCCCUGUGUACAUCGCAGCUGGUGUGGUCACCAUGCCACAGUACCUGAAGAAACGAUUUGGGGGACAGAGGAUCCAGGUGUACAUGUCAGUCCUGUCUCUUAUCAUCUACAUCUUCACCAAGAUAUCGACUGAUAUCUUCUCUGGAGCCCUCUUCAUCCAGAUGGCUUUGGGCUGGAAUCUCUAUCUCUCCACAGUCAUCUUGCUGGUGGUGACAGCUGUCUAUACCAUAGCAGGGGGCCUCACAGCUGUGAUCUACACAGAUGCCCUACAGACCGUGAUCAUGGUAGGGGGAGCCCUGGUCCUCAUGUUUCUGGGCUUUCGGGAGGUUGGGUGGUACCCAGGCCUGCAGCAGCUUUAUAGACAGGCUAUUCCCAAUGCCACAGUUCCCAACACCACCUGUCACCUCCCACGACCUGAUGCCUUCCACAUGCUUCGAGAUCCUGUGAAUGGGGACAUCCCUUGGCCAGGUCUCAUUUUUGGUCUCACAGUCUUGGCCACCUGGUGUUGGUGCACAGACCAGGUGAUUGUGCAGAGGUCUCUCUCGGCCAAGAGUCUUUCACAUGCCAAGGGAGGCUCAGUGUUAGGGAGCUACCUAAAGAUCCUCCCAAUGUUCUUCGUUGUCAUGCCUGGCAUGAUCAGCAGGGCCCUGUACCCAGAUGAAGUUGCCUGUGUGGACCCUGACAUCUGUCAAAGAGUUUGUGGGGCCAGAGUUGGAUGCUCCAAUAUUGCCUACCCCAAGCUGGUUAUGGCUCUCAUGCCUAUGGGUCUGCGAGGCUUGAUGAUUGCUGUGAUCAUGGCUGCCCUCAUGAGCUCACUCACCUCCAUCUUCAACAGCAGUAGCACCCUGUUUGCCAUAGAUGUGUGGCAGCGCUUCCGCAGGCAGGCAUCAGAGCAAGAGCUGAUGGUGGUAGGCAGGUUGUUUGUAGUCUUCCUGGUCCUCAUCAGCAUCCUCUGGAUCCCCAUCAUCCAGAGCUCCAAUAGUGGGCAGCUCUUUGACUACAUCCAAUCUAUCACCAGCUACCUAGCCCCGCCCAUCACAGCCCUCUUCCUGUUGGCCAUCUUCUGCAAGAGGGUCACUGAGCCUGGUGCCUUCUGGGGCCUCAUGUUUGGCCUGGUAGUGGGAAUACUGCGUAUGAUUCUGGAGUUCUCGUACCCGGCCCCAGCCUGUGGGGAGGUGGACAGGCGGCCAGCUGUUCUGAAGGACGUCCACUACCUGUACUUUGCCCUUCUCCUCUGUGGACUUACUGCAAUCAUCAUUAUCAUAAUCAGCUUCUUCACGGAUCCCAUCCCCGAUGAAAAGCUUGCUCGCCUGACAUGGUGGACAAGGAACUGUCCCAUAUCUGACCUGCAGAAGAAAGCCUCUGUGAGUGUAAACAAGACAGAGGGUGACAACUCUCCAGGACUGGCAGAGAGGCCAGUGGUGGAAGGCCCUGGAGGAGAUGGGGAAGAAGCAAACACCACCCAGGGGCCUGAACAACCAGGAGCCCUACACAGGUCUUGGGGAAAAUGGCUCUGGAACUGGUUCUGCGGACUCUCGGGGGCCCCACAGCAAGCCCUGGGCCCAGCUGAGAAGGCUGUGCUGGAGCAGAAAUUGACCAGCAUUGAAGAGGAGCCGCUCUGGAGAUGUGUCUGCAAUAUCAACGCCAUCGUCCUGCUGGCCAUCAACAUCUUUCUCUGGGGCUAUUUUGCGUGACUCCACAGACUAGGAUUUAUUUGAAAUGAGUAAAAAUCCCUGAACCCUGGUCAGUCCCCAAGACCAGAGACAGGCUCUCUUUCCAACUUGCUGUGCUAACUGCAGACCACAGAGGAUGAGCCUGAAAGAGCCCGUGAGAAGCAUCCAGUCCUACAUACUUGUCAAGUGAAGAUAUGAAGGACUAGAGCUAUCACUAGGAUCUCCCAGGGUUCCACAGUAGGACUCACACUGGGUCUCCAAGUCCAACUCUCUUUCUACCAUACUGCUCUAUAAUCCUACCUCAGAAAAAAUUAUUCCCUCAGUUUAUUCAACAAUCUUCAUUGUAUGUAUAUCUUCUGGUUAGACACAUAGUAAGAAAAUGGGUAGAGAAUUUUAUAAAAAAUUAUCCAUGUAUACUGGGUUUCCCAUUUCUCACCCUUGCUCCCUUUCUGCUUCCUGUCUCCCUCUCCCUUGGCCUCCUUGACUCUCAGCAAGAUGAGUCCAGUGAGGAGGGUCUUAUUAUGCCAUUGGUUGCCAUUGUGCCUGCUAAUCCCAUGAGAGUGAAGAGCACAGGUAAGAUGACAGGUAUGGAGGCAAGUGCUCCAAGACCAGGACACUCCUUGGCACAGCUCUAAUUCUGCUUCUGCCCCAACACUCUCUCUACAUCCUAGGAACUCAGAGUCCAGCAGGAGAGAUAAAAUGUAUUGAAAACAACAUGAAUCAAAAAGUCCUAGGGAGCAGGGAAGACAGCCUGGGGAUGGGCACACAUGACCUUUAUCCCACCACCUUUACUUGCCAAGACUCCUUCCCUGAAAUAUAUCUCAGACUGUGUCCUUGAACAACUUCCCAGGACAAUUUCCAAAUGCCUCACACUGGAUCAAGGUCUCACUCAGCCCCCACAAUGCAUACACUGUCCUGUAGUGCUGUCUCCCUUGUAGAUGCAUGCCUAGAAGCAGGGAUCAAUGGUGAUGCCCAACCUGACUUUGUACCUAUCAUC